AUGGAAUCUGGAGGUUCUUUGAACGCAUACAAUGCCAAGUACUGGGAAAGUUACAACGAGAUCCUCUAUUGCCCCACCAAUUUGGCGAUCACCCAAUACAAGUGGGGUCUCCCAGUCGGACAUAGGCUGCGAGAUUCGCUUACGAUGCACCAGCCCACUACCAUGGAAUCUUUGAUGCAACGGAUCAACGAACACAUCCGAGUGGAGGACGAUGCUGCCACUGCGACCGAGAAGGAGAAUCCGGUCCCGGCAGACAGAAGAGUGGUGGGGAAGGUUCACUCAGUAGGGCAGGAGGGCAACCGUCCAAACGACCGGUCAAAAGAUCAACGUCGUGGCUCAAACCGCGAUGAUAGGAACAAAGGUCGCAGAAACGACCGAGCUAACGCUCCUCGUGAUGAAGAGGAAGAUGCCAAGAGAAAGUUGAAAGCGCGAACCGGUAUCACCACGCCGGCCAGAGAGCUGCUCCCCCUUACAAGUCCUUGGCUGUUUGCACUUUGGGGGCUGGAUAUUGUGGGACCACUCCCAACAGCUCCGGGCAACCGCAAGUUUUUCAUCGUUGCUACCGACUACUUCACUAAGUGGGUUGAGGCCGAGCUGUUGGCAACCAUAAAGGAAAAAGAUGUGAAGAAGUUUGUUUGGCAAAAUGUCGUCACUCGCUUCGAUAUACCGAAGGCCCUUAUUUCGGAUAAUGGCACUCAGUUCGAUGGGAAACUCUUUCACGGAUUUUGCGAAGAGUUAAAGAAUGAGUUCUACAACUCAACACCGGCCUACCUUCAGUCAAAUGGUCGAGCAGAAGCCUUAAACAAGACCAUCCUGGACGAGCUGAAGAAGCGGCUAGAGAAAGCCAAAGGGAAAUGUUCGACCGGGAAAACACCAUUUGCCUUGGCCUAUGGCAUGGAGGCUGUUAUCCCACUGGAAAUCGGCAUGCCGACCAUCCGGUCUGAAAGUUUUCAGCCAGACUUGAAUAAUGAAGCAGUGGCCUUGGAGCUUGACGUAGCAACCUACCAGCAAGAACUCUCCAGGAAAUACAACAAGACCGUGCAUCCAAGGCUAUUCAAGAUCGGAGACUGGGUCUUGAGAAAGGUGAUGGGCAACACGGUGAUCCCUGGCGAAGGCAAACUAGGUGCAAAUUGGGAAGGGCCGUAUAAGGUAACUGGCCUUGCAAGCAAAGGGGCCUACCAUCUAGAAGAUUUAGAUGGUAAAGCUAUCCCCAGAUCGUGGAAUGCAGCUAAUCUUAAGAUUUUUUACUUCUGA